GAAAAAGUAGAAGAGACCAAAUAUUUAGCAACAAAUAAUAGAUAAAGCAAAAGUACUUGGUCAAAUAACUUUAAUUUAGUCAUUGUUCUUGUUAAUGGAAGCAUGUUCUAGGAACUUUCCUGUUUUAUUUAAAAAGUAUGGGCAUUCUAUCACAGAAUUCAAAGUUCCAGCUUUGCUUUGAUUCAUCCUGCAUUUUUACACCACCUUUUCUCUCUUAUGCCAAGAUACCUGAAUCUUCAAAGUCAACACUCCCUCUUCUUUCUUGCUUUUGACCUUUAAUCCUAUUUUCUGUUCAGAUUUGCCCUUGACUUUUAUUUUCUUCAAUCUCCCUCUUUUCUGUAUCAAAUUGAUCUUUUGAUCUAAUCAUAUUUGGGUUAAUAUGUAUUUUCUUCCAAACUUUUCAAACUCUCAAGAAUUGAUUGAUGUAAAUAAUGGUUGUUUUCAAAACUAUGAUUUACAUGAACCCAUAUCCUUUAAUGAUCAAGUCUAUCAUUUUUAUCAUCAAAACCAGGAAGAAAUCAUACCAGAUUUUCCUGAUGCUUGUUUAAAGUUCAUGAAUGAUAUUCUCAUGGAAGAAGAUAUGGAUGAUGAUGGUAGGCUAGUUAACUUACAAGAUCAUCAUGCACUUCAAGCUACUGAGAAGUCAUUUUAUGAUGUUCUUGGGAAGACUUACCCACCAUCAUCCUCUGAUCAACCCAUAAAAGUUUCAGAUGAUCUUAGCAUAAACAGCAGAAAUCAAUCCAGCUGCUUGAUGAUUAAUCAUGUAUUAGAAUCUUCAGAGUGUUCUGCUGGUUCAAGUAGUAGCUUCAAUUGUUUGAGAGAUGGGUUUGCAGACUCUCCUGUAAGCACGCUUUUCGACAAUGAGCUUAACUAUGUAGUUAAUUCUGGGCUUAACCGCGUUUAUAAAGAGAAGAAUCGUAAUCGAAGAGAAAAUGUGAGUAAUCUUGAGGAAAGGAGUGCUAAACAAGUAGCAGCUAGUAAUGAAGAGUAUGCACAAAUGGAGGAAUUCGACGAUGUAUUGAUUAGUAAAGAAGGGAACGAUGAUAUAUCGCCUUGCGUAAGCAAAAGCGCUGUGAAGGAAACAAGUGUGCAGGAGGAGAACCAGAAAGGGUCUAAGAGUAAACGAAAAUCGCGUGCUAGGAAGAAGACUAAUAAGGAAAUGGUGGAUUUAAGGACAUUACUGACUCAGUGUGCAGAAGCUGUUGCAGGGUCUGAUUUCGUGACUGCAAACGAGCUGCUGAAACAGAUUAGGCAGCAUGCUACGCCGUUUGGGGAUAGUGUGCAGAGGGUGGCACAUUAUUUUGCGAAUGGGCUUGAAGCGCGGAUGAAUGGCACAGGAUCAGAGCUAUACCGAGCUUCUGAUUGGAAGCGAUUUACACCAAGUGAUUUCUUGAGAGGCUAUAAGUUGUAUGUUUCAGCUAUUCCUUUUAUGAGGGCAUCCCACUAUUUAGCUAAUCAAACUAUAGCUAAACUAGCUGAAAAAGCACCAAAAAUACACAUUAUUGAUUUUGGCAUAUUUUUGGGCUUCCAAUGGCCUUGUUUGAUUCAAACUCUAUCUAGAAGACCUCUUGGCCCUCCGAGGCUUAAAAUAACCGGAGUUGAUAAUCCGCAGAGCGGGUUUAAACCCGCGAAAAUGAUAGAAGAGACAGGUCGACGAUUAGCUGGUUACUGUGAGAGAUUUGGUGUGCCUUUUGAGUUUCAGGGCAUUGCACAAAAGUGGCAUACUGUCAAUCCUGAUGAUCUCAACAUACAAAAAGAUGAACUUGUGAUAGUUUCGUGUCUGUUUCGAUCAAAACAACUCCCGGAUGAGAGUGCCGAAAUUAACAGCCCGCGAGAUGGUGUCUUAAAAUUGAUAAGGAGCUUAAAUCCUGAUCUAUUCAUACAUGGUGUGAUCAAUGGCACAUUCAAUGCUCCGUUUUUUAUCACUCGGUUUAGGGAAGCACUUUAUCAUUACUCUUCAUUGUUCGAUGUUUUCGAAGCGACAAUGCUUCAUGAAGAUCAAGAAAGACAACUUAUAGAGAAUUAUUUGUAUGGUAAAGACGCGAUGAAUAUAGUAGCUUGUGAAGGGAGUGAAAGGAUUGAAAGGCCGGAGACUUACAAGCAGUGGCAGGUGAGACAUCAGAGGACAGGGUUUGUGCAAGUGCAAUGGGAUCAGGCAGUUGUAAAUAGAGCAAGAGCAAUGGUAAGGGCUAAUUACCACAAGGAUUUUAUGUUAGAGCAAGAUAAAUAUUGGAUGGUUCAAGGAUGGAAAGGAAGAGUUAUUAAUGCCAUGUCCUGUUGGAAACCUGCUUGAAUAUCAACAUUUUGACUACUCAUAUGUCUAUCUGAAAUGGUUCUAGUUAGCUCACAAUACAUAUGGAUUGAUGAGUAUGAAAAUAUUAAUUUUUGAGUCUUGUACUUGUAUUAAUUGACUGUUUAAUUAUUAGUAUUGAAAAUUUCUAUGAAAACUCUAAUUUUGAAUCUUAAA